AUGCUAUAGAAAUUGUAACACAGUUUUCCUUUAAAAUAGAUGUUCUUUAAUAUAGUGCGUCCGUUAAAGCAACAAUAGGGCUGAAAUUUGCUCUCCACUACAUUGUCUUCUUCAUCUCACUGCUUCCUAUCUUCCAAGAUCCUCUUCUUUUUCACUAAAUACUCUAAGCCAUGAAUCCGUCAAACCCAAACCCAGAUUCCACGCACUCUUCAGAUCUCCCAGAUUCACCAGACAUGCAAGUAGAUCUGCCAACUCACACUCCACAAAAAUCCUCCUUUCUCCAAACCUUACUCACAAAUUCACCACAUGAUUUGUUACCCCCUCACAUUCAACCCACCCCACUUGAUCUCGACUUGAUCGAUGAAUCAGACAACCCAGAUGAAUCAGCUGAUUUCAUCCCACUCUCUGCGGAUGACAAGGCUAGGCUAUAUUCCUCUUGGAAAUUCUCCAUUAUCAUUAAGCUAUUUGGAAAGUCCAUUGGGCAUCAGUUGCUAAAAGCUAAAUUACAAUCUCUGUGGAAACCAACUGAACUAUUGCAUCUGAUUGAUCUAGGCUCUGCUUUUUUUCUCAUUAAAUUCACACAGAAAAACAACAUGCUGCAUGCUUUACACGAUGGACCAUGGUUUAUCCUGGGCCACUUUUUAUCUGUGCGUCGAUGGGAGCCUAAAUUUGUCGCAUCAACUGCUCAACUUACGUACUCUGCUAUAUGGGCUCGACUGCCAGAAUUGCCCACUGAAUAUUAUGAUCUAACAAUUCUACAAAAAGUUGGCAAUAAAUUGGAGCAAUUAUUAAAAAUAGAUACUUGUACCUCCUCUGUUGUCAGAGGACGAUAUGCCCGAAUUUCUAUUGAAGUCCCACUCGAAAAGCCUUUGAAAAUCCAUAUUUAUAUAGACAGCCACAAACGAGUUAUUCUCUAUGAGGGAUUAAAUAUACUCUGCAUUAAAUGUGGGUGCUUUGGCCACAAUGCACGAGUUUGUCCCAACCACGUUCUCAGUAUUACACUAGAUAAUCCUACUACCUCUUCCACCUCCCACACCACAGAUUCUUCGCCCAAAUCCACCCAACCACCCACAACAGAUUCGCCAUGGAAAAUAGUGAAAUUCCCUCGAAGAACAAAAAAACACACCACAAUCAUAGACAAAACACCGGUAGCUGAUCAAUAAUUCCCACACUCCUCCAAGAAACAGCAAGCUUCUGGCGAAAGUGUCGCCCACUCCAAUAUCGUAGAGGCAAACACGCGUGGCUCAGGUAAGUCCGCUAACCUCCCCCACUAAUCACCGCCUCUUCUAAUCCCUGUUUCUUUAAUUCUAAUACUCUCUAUAUACUCCAUAUUAAUGAGGCAUUAACAGAAAUAAAUCACCUCCAUAAUUUAUCUAUUAAUACUCCUACUCCUCUACAAAAUACCUCUUCUAAUUUAAUUAAAAAUACUCCUAAGGCUACUUCAGACACUGCCCCUAUCCAUCAAACCUAAAACCUUAUUGGGCUGGCCCAAUCUCCAACCCCACCUAACCCAAUAACUAAUUCGGCCCCUUCCAGCACUAACCGACCAAACUCAUCCUCUAUUACCCACAACCCAUAUCACACCCCUCAAACUAUUGAAACGCCUCCACAUGACAACCGUUGUUCCAACCAACCCCCAUUAAACACGUCUCUCUCUAUAAAUCCUAAUGAUUUCACACCAGCAGUAAAAUCUAAAUUACUAACUCCUCUCAAGUUAAUUCCAUGCACUCUUCAACUUGCCCCUCCUUUUUAAAUUCAAAAACACGUCACUUCCCCUGCUGACUCAUCCUGCCCACCCCUGCUACUCACACCUAUAUAGCCGAUACACACAACCAAUUACCACGUAUCCCUUUAAUAGAUAAUCAUACAGAAUACUUCAAACCAUACACUAUCAAAAACUAGCACCUAUGGACAAUCUCCCACCCACUUACCCGCCACCGUAUGUUACCCAAGUGAACCCAGGCCUUCCACCACAGUCAUGGCUGGAACAGGGUCUCCAAGGUCAAGCUCUCCUAUUUCGUCUCUCAAUCAACGAUCAUGAGGAGGCAUUGUGCUCCUCUGGCACGAUGAUUUACUAGCUGUUGAAAACCUUACUAUGACUGAACAAGAGGUACAUGUCAUGAUCCAGGUAUUUCCUAACCCUGAAAAUGGCUUUUUUCAGCAAUUUAUGCUAGUCCACACUAUCACACACGACAAUUAUUGUGGCGUAAUCUCAUGUAUUUAGCUGAUACUUAUAAAGGUCCUUGGCUCGUUGGGGGAGAUUUCAAUGAAAUCUUACGCUCUACAGAAAAAUUUGGGGGCCGCCAAAUUAGUAAUCCUCGUUCAAAUAGGUUUGCUAAUUGUUUAAAUUAUUGUUAUUUAGUUGAUCUUGGCUACACUGGUAGCAAAUAUACGUGGACAAAUAAGCGUCACUGUGGUAGCAAUAUCUUAGAGAGACUCGACAGAAUACUUCCUACUUAUGAUUGGUUAACUCUAUUUCCUGAAGCUUCUGUUCGCCACUUACCCCGCACACAUUCCGACCUCAAUCCUCUACUUCUCAAUUUCCACUCCCCGCACACACCAAUAAAUAAACCAUUUCAUUUUGAAACUAUCUGGACCUCUCACCCUGACUUUAUCCAUAUUCUUCGUAAUAGUUGGUGUGAGCACGUGAUUUUUGCCCUAUGAGAACUACUCCCAAAUUCAAAAUAAAAUGGUUUUGUAUUGUUGGUGA